AUGCUGAAGUUUCCAAUAUCGGUUCUCUUGGGCUGUCUGAUGGCUGCCAAGGCUCAAGCCACGUUCCCCAACUUCGAGACCGACGUCCUGAACGAACAUAACAAGUUCAGGGCGCUGCACGUUGACACGGUGCCGCUGACCUGGUCGGACACCCUGGCCACGUACGCGCAGAACUACGCCGACCAGUACGAUUGCUCGGGCAUCUUGACGCAUUCCGAUGGUCCAUACGGUGAGAACCUUGCACUGGGUUACACAGACACGGGAGCCGUGGAUGCCUGGUAUGGGGAGAUAAGCAAGUACAACUAUUCGGAUCCUGGGUUUUCUUCCUCCACGGGCCACUUUACCCAGGUCGUUUGGAAGUCCAGCACCCAGAUUGGGUGUGGCUACAAGUAUUGCGGCACCACAUGGAACAACUAUGUGAUCUGCUCCUACAACCCUCCCGGAAAUUACUUGGGUGAGUUUGCCGAGGAAGUGGAACCGCUUAUAAGUACUAUAUCCUCGUCCUCGUCGUUGUCCUCGUCCACGUCCUCUUCUUCGUCCACUCCCGCUGCGUCAUCUAAAAUCUCUGCGACCUCGUUCAGUAGCGUGCCCACUGUAGCGCAGGGAUAUACAAUGUUGAUAUCCUCCGAGAUUAGUGGCUCUUCGAAAGCAACUAGCAUAAACCCUGCCAAGACUGCCAUUGCGUCCUCCUCUGCGGCGUUUACCAGUAGCGCAAGAGCAACUAGCUCCUCCAAGUCCUUGUCUGCUUUAAGUUCCUUGACAAGCGCCAGCGCCCCCUCUGAUGCUACUUCUUCCGGUAUUGCCUUGUCGAGUACCGCCUCCAGCAGUGCUUCGUCGAGCGCCAUCUCCACAGUCACAGCUUCCUCCAGCAGUGCUUCAUCGAGUGCUUCCUCCACAGUCGCCGCUUCCUCCAGCAGUGCUUCAUCGAGUGCUUCCUCCACAGUCGCCGCUUCCUCCAGCAGUGCUUCAUCGAGUGCUUCCUCCACAGUCGCCGCUUCCUCCAGCAGUGCUUCAUCGAGUGCUUCCUCCACAGUCGCCGCUUCCUCCAGCAGUGCUUCAUCGAGUGCUUCCUCCACAGUCGCCGCUUCCUCCAGCAGUGCUUCAUCGAGUGCUUCCUCCACAGUCGCCGCUUCCUCCAGCAGUGCUUUGUCGAGCGCCAUCUCCACAGUCGCAGCUUCCUCAAGCAGUGCUUCCUCGAGUGCUUCCUCCACGGUUGCUGCAUUAUCGAGCACUACUUCCCCUACGAGUUCUAGCGGCUUGACCUCCAGUUCGGCCAAUUCUGUCAGGUUUGCCAACACAACCAGAUCUUCUGCUGGGAGCACCGCCUCUAUGUCCGCGUCAUCUUCGUCUUUGACUAUUGAUGCCACCAUUACCAGCUCUUCUAAGAAGACCACAACCUCGGCUUCCGAGCCCGUAAGCUCAAUUACCAGUGCUACAAAUGCUGCUCAAUACGCGACCAGAUCUGAAGCAUCCUCAGAGGAUGCCGCCGCUCCUGCUUCACGUUCCUCACACACUUCCUUGGACUCCACCGCUACCACUCAUGGCACCAUUGUAGGUGCUGGUUUGGCUAUCGAUUCUGCCAGCCUGGUUACCGGCGCAACCAAAGCGUCUGAGGCUGCCGUUAGAUCUGGAGCUUCUUCGGAGGCCCUCACUUCGGUGACCACUUCCGCUUCAAGCUCGGCCAGCAAUGUCAUUUCCAGCGGCACCCAUUCAGAAAAUGCCCCGGAGUUGGCCUCCAGAGUGUCAUAUGCCGCCGAAUACGCAACCAUACCUACACCCUCCUCCGCAACUUCCUCUUCAACCUCAGCCUCAGCCUCAGGCGAUGCAGUAAAUUCGUCUAGCAUCUUCGAAGUUGCCUCUGCUACCACAGAAAAUUCAAGCACCGACACUUCAACGGGCACCGCAGAUGCUACUACGACCUUGGCCUCUGCUGCUGACACCUCUAGGAGCUCAAUUGUCACAACAAAGUUGGCUUCUACAGACGACGCUGCCAGCUCAUCUAGUGCCAUUUCCACCGAUGCCGCUAAAAACGCCGACAGAUACAAAUCUUCUUCCGCGACAGCGUCUGUGGAUGGCUCAAGUACUACCAGUGCUUCUACUCCUAAUAUCACAACGGCUACAGGCACCUCUAAGAGCGCUUAUUCAAGCGCACCACACUCUACUGGUACGAACAUCGAUUUCACGGUUUCCACCGUCACAACUACCGAAAACAAGCUAGUCACCAACACCCUUACAGCUUCCUGCAGUACGAACAGUAGUCCAGCCAUAUCCUCUGCCACCACCACGGAAAAGACGCUGGUGACCAACACUAUUACCACUUCUUGUAGCACUCUGAGCGGCGCCACAACACGGACCAGUGACGUAACUAUGUCUUCUCUCAAAACUAACCCUGCAGUCCAAACUACUUCGUCUUCCUCUAUAACCACUAUUUUGCCAGAAAACGAUGAUUCUGCCUUUUCCGCCAUCUUCACCAGUGCCAACGCCGCAACUAUUGUCAACCCCGGAAAAACAUCUUCUACAGCUAGCCAUCUCAACACAUCUGAAAAGCCAAACGAAACCGCUUCCGCUAAAUUCACUUCAAACGAAGACAGAGCCACCACAACGACCACCAGCCAAGAAAACGAUGCUGCAUCGUACGCCAAGCCAUCCAGUCCAAUUACCGGCACAGUAAUAACCAGUAGCAACAAUGCUCGUUCCACCACUAAUCAGCCAAAGGGCUCCAUCUCACAUCAGACUACUUCAUCGAUCUACACUCAACUAAAACACGGCACAUCAACUACCGCACAAUUGUCGGCAUACGAAGGUGCAGCAGCACCCGCAUCUGUUUUCCAGUGCAACCAUCUGCCAGGAACGAUUACCGCAUUCGUCGUAGCCAUCCUGUUCGCCUUCUAG